UGUCUCAGCUUGGGCUACAGUUACCAUGGUCACAAGUAAACAGAAAGCUCAGAGGCAGAGAAGAGAAGAUGUCAGCAAGGAGAAAAGAACGAGCAGAUGGGGGAAACAAGGAGUUUUUCACUGAGGAGGAGGGGAGGAGUAAUGAGGAGAAAGACCUUGAGGAGGAAAUGACAGAGGCUGCCUCCUCUACUGAAACCAGAGGAAAACCUGGACCAUCCAAACAACAAAUCAUCCUCAUAAUCCCAGAGGCAGUAGACGACUUCCUGAGGAACUUCCUGCGGAGAACAAGCCUGAGCCGCACUCUGAACAGCUUUGAGUCAGAGUGGUACAAUUCAGCUCAGAAACUCCUGUCAGAAAAUAUGACAAAGGCAGCAACAGGCGUGUUCCUCAUUCCCGACGCUCUCACACACAGGCAACUCCUCCAGAAUGAGCUUGAAACUGUCCACAGAGAGACGGAGCUGAUCAGACCGGAGGUGCUGGUGACAGGGAACAGCUUGCUGAGGAUGCAGAGGGAGAGGGAUUUCCACCGCCUACGGUACAGACAAGUUGCUGAAGAGAAAAACAGGCUGAUUGAGGACUUCAAACGACUGAAGAUACACCUGCAGUCCUAUGAGCCAGCGGUGAAGCAGCUGAAAGACGAAUAUGAAGCAGCUCUGAGGCAUAAAAUGCUCAUCAGUCUGAAAAAGGACAAAGUUAAAAAUUCCACAAAAGCUAGACUGAAUCAGGAAAAAUCCCAACUCAAGAAAGAGAGAAGCAUCAAAAUGAGCAUGAGCAUAGAUAAAUCAUUAGCAAAAAGAACCACAACCAGACACCCAAAGGACAUAGACUUCUCCGUUUGCAGCAGACUGAUGAACUCUCAACAAGCUCAGGUGAACUUUGAAAAAUUGAAAAACCCCAGUCCUUUAAGUUUGUCCUGCUCCAUCAGGGCCCACAAGCUACCUAUCAGUUGCAUCGACCUCCAUCCACGAAAACAGAUCCUCGCCUCUGCCAGUGAUGACUGCAGCUGGAGGCUGUGGGCACUGCCAGCCAAUGAAGAAAAGAUUGGUCAGGUGGUUCUGACAGGCGUGGGUCAUUCUGAUUGGCUGUCUGGCUGCAGUUUUCACCCUGAUGGAUCAAAACUGGCAACAACCAGUGGAGACACCAAUGUGUGUCUCUGGGAUUUCUUUCAUGGCUGCUGCGUGUUGACACUGUGUGGUCACAGCCAGCCCACCUGGGGCUGCUCCUUUCACUCCUCUGGCCACUUUCUGGCCUCCUGUUCUGCUGACACAACAGCCAAGCUGUGGGACCUGAACAGCCAGCGCUGCCAUCUCACACUGCGUCGUCACACCGCCUCCGUCAACAGUGUCUGUUUCCUGCCCUUCACCAACCUCCUCCUCACCUGCUCAGCUGAUAAAGCCCUCGCCAUGUGGGAUGCGAGGCUCGGUGUCUGCACUGCUACCUUCGAUGGACACCAGCACCCUUGCAACCACAUUGCCUUCAGCCUGGCAGGCAACACCAUGGCCUCAUGUGACUCCCGAGGUAUCAUAAACCUGUGGGACAUCAGGAAGCCUGCGUUGGCUAUGGCCACAGUGGAUGCCGGACCGCUGGCCGCCAACCAGAUGUCAUUUAGCCCAUCAGGGAAGAUGCUAGCUGUUGCCAGUAGUGACGGUCUGGUCAGAGUGGUGGAGGUCGACUCCUGCGUGGUCAGCAUCCUGUCUGGAUAUAGUGAUGUUGUGCAAAGUGUGACCUUCGACCACAAGGGGGAGACUGUUAUGUCAGCAGGGACUGAUGGAGUGAUAAAGAUCUGGUCAAGAGAACAAGUGAAUCUGACGAUUGACAAUUAGAUGAUUGUGCGGUCAACAAAAUUUUCUUGUGAAAAUGUAUAAAUGAUACUCCUUCUGAUGGCUUACUUGAGAAGUAAACAUAGUGUGAAAAAAAAAAAUCCUGUGAUGUUAAAUGUCAUUUGAAACGAGUGGCUUUAUGGAACAGUCUAUAAGUGCAAAUAAGAAACAAUGCACAUAUUCACUGUAGAACUACACAGGCGUGUUAAUUAUAGUUUAUCCAAAACUGCUCAACAGAUAUACUCUAACAGUCUGUAAUUGUCAUUAAAAUUUAAAAUGAGGAACUUUGAAAUUAAAGAAAAAAUAAAUGUAUGAAUCCUAUUCUUGA